CAACACCAACAUCAACAUAUUCUACAGAGCACUUCUCUUAAUUUACAAAUACUAAACGACCCCCACCGAAAAAAAAAAGCCACUCUAUACCCAGAACAAAAGCAAAAUGUCACUCCAAACCCCCCGCGUCCUCCCCGCCCACCUGCACGCCUUCCACCCCUCCAGCGGCGCCAAUUCAACACACACAAUCCGCCUGCUCGGCACCGUAUCCGCACUACACGGCGACACAGCAACGAUAACAUGUGGUGGAAACGGGGACGUCACGCUUGUUCUACGCCCAGACUCGCAUCUGCAGAUGGGAAAGUUGGUGGAGGUUGUUGGGAAGGUUAUGGAUCUUGAGGGGGGUGGUCUUGGCGUGAGGGUUCUUGGGACAACGGACUGGGGGAAUUCGGCUGAUUGUGAUUACAAAAUUUAUGAAAAGGUCGUCGAGGCUACGCACAAGUUGAAGUCUAUUUUUUAUGAUUCGAAUGAGUAAUGACGUUGUUUAUGGUUAUGUUUAGCUAUAAUGAAGACUUUGACAAUACAUAUGGCACCAACGAGCUUGAGUAGGCGU